CCCAGUUGCUCUUGCCUGUGUGUGUCCUAAGGUAUGAACUGGUUAUGGAGAACUGUACUUAAAAGGUUGGGAGAGACUGAGGGGAGAGCAGCACACAAGGAGAGAAAAGAUGAAGAGUAAAAGCAGAAAAGUUCAAAAUGAUUGUCAGUUUUGUUUUUAAGCCCACAAACUUUGUGUGAUUUUGUAUAGAAGAUUUGUGGGAAAUAUUUUUAACAGGCAGGAACAAGACAAUAGACAUAGGAGGGGGUGAACAUGACCCUCCAAGUCAAGCAACCAAAAGUUAAUGAAAUUACCAAGUAUCAAAUGUAGCACAGAGAGACUAAUUCAAUCAGAGAGGCCAAAGGGAUAAUUCUUGGAGACAAAGCAUCACAACGCGGAAAUGCAGCCUAAUCAACUGCUUUAUCAAAAGAAAAAGGAAACAAUUUCCAAUCCUUAACUAAAAUCCCCAGUUGGUUCUUCAUCUUUUCAGGGUUCUGGUUUUUGCUUUGCAGUGUUUGUUCCAUCUCACAUUUGUUUCACUGCUUCUGUUCUCUGCACAAAGCUGUUUCACUGGCUCCUGGCUCUUCGCUUCUAUCAAACGAGCUGCCUCUGCUCUUGGUUUAAGCAACCAGCUUCAUCAUGAAAGAGAGCAUGUAGAGGGAAAUAUUCAUUAUGUUUACUGUCCAAGCCUACUUUCCAUAAUUACGUGGAAUAGAGCAAGAAUAUCCAGAGUCACCUUGUGUCUGCAGGAUUUUUCAGAGCAGGUGUUUGCUUCAUCUGAUGGAAAGCAGCUGCUCCCUGAUCUCAACUGAACCUCCCGUGUAACCAGGACCCUUUGCAGGUAGAGGAACGCAUCCAGACUUCGCCAGGUACAACAAGCAAGGGAGAGGCUUUCGAAAAGCUACUCAGACUUCUGUUUUCAUCUAAGCAAGUGGUGUUGUUAUGACAGAUAAAAUGAGCUGGCACAAAGGAAAGAAGGACCUCAUGGAAGGAAGUGCAGGAGAUGGGAAGCACGGCCGAAAAAAGCGAGAGCGGCUAUUUAAGAAGAGAUUUUCUGGACUGAGCCUUUUCUCUGGGUCUCCUAAGAAUAAAUUCCCUCAGGGAAGAAGUCAGCUUUUUGAAGACAAGAGGAGAUGUUUACACAGGAAAGGCUCCAAGAAGCUGAAGCCAGCACAGGAGGAAAUCUGUUCUUUGAGGCAGCCACACUCUGGGAAAAUGUGUCCGAAAUGCGAGAUCCUCACCUGCCGGAAGUGCGAGACCCUGCACUCGGAGAGCGGCUUCAUUGCCCACAGCCUGCUCGACCACUACGAUAGGGGAGGAGCCACAGCCCACCUGUGACUGCAGAGGGUGAUUAAAGAUCUGAUGUGGGUACCCUGCCAGUACCCAACCACAUCCCAGACGCUAAAGCUUGGAUCCCCCUCAGGCUCACUGGGUCUCCAGCCUGUGCAGCAUCAGCAAUUCCAGCCAUACCGUAGCUCAUACUAUACACAGCAGAUGCACAUGCAGCAAUUUAACCAGCAUGCACCCUGCAAGCAAAGAUCUGGAGGCUAAAAGUUUCUCAACUACUAAGGACAAGGAAUUGUUUCAGAAAUAAUCUCCAGUUUUCUUUGUCCUCUCCAGGAAACAAGAUUAUCCCACUGAGCUGCAAAGGACGUGACUAUUGCAUGCAGAACACUGGGUACAUUACUCUUACUUGCAAUGCCUUGUAUGUUUCAGUAUUGUUUGUGGUCUGGAAUAUUAAACGUUUUAUUUUUAAAUUAA